CGAUAUUUGCAAUUCAAUACAACACGAGCGACGAAAUCACUAUUGCAACAAAGCUCGGAUUAUCCAUCGUACGUGGCAGGGUUUGAAUUCCAUUUCACAUUAAUUCAUAUUCGGGAAUAUCGUAAAAAAUGGCAUUGUCAAAGCAUGUUGCAGAUAUAGAGAAUCUUCUAUCUCUGAAUCCUAAAAUUCAGCCCCAUGCCUCAACAGUACCUUCAGCAGUGACAAAGAGAGGAAAGAAACACUGGAAGAGAAAUAAGGAUAAAUCGUGUUCGAGUUGUGGUGAUCUUAACAAGAACUUCGAUGAUGUUAAACACACGACUUUGAGUGAAAGAGGAGCUUUGCGCGAGGCAGCAAGAUGCUUGAAAUGUGCAGAUGCUCCCUGCCAGAAAAGCUGUCCUACACAACUCGAUAUCAAAUCGUUCAUCACAAGCAUCGCAAAUAAGAAUUUCUACGGCGCUGCGAAAACAAUAUUCAGCGAUAAUCCGCUCGGCUUGACUUGUGGUAUGGUGUGUCCAACAAGCGAUCUUUGUGUUGGUGGUUGUAAUUUAUAUGCAAGUGAAGAAGGACCCAUCAAUAUCGGAGGCCUUCAACAGUUCACAACUGAGGUAUUCAAAAAGAUGCGCAUGCAGCAGAUUCGUGAUCCUAGUUUACCAAAACUCGAAGAUUUGCCAGAUAGUUAUAAGUCAAAGAUCGCGCUGAUUGGUUGUGGUCCUGCAUCACUGAGUUGUGCAACGUUUUUAGCAAGACUAGGCUACAGUGAUUUGACUAUAUAUGAAAAAGAGGACUAUCUCGGUGGCCUCAGUUCCUCAGAGAUCCCACAGUUCAGAUUACCUUACGAUGCUGUUUCAUUCGAAAUUGAAUUGGUGAAAGAUUUGGGUGUAAAGAUUGAAUCUGGAAAAGGUCUUGGGACAAAUGGAAUGAGCAUCGCAUCACUAAGGAGCAACGGAAAUAAAGCAAUCUUUGUUGGGAUAGGUCUGCCUCAGCCGAAGAAAAUACCCAUAUUUAAGGACCUGGAAAUAGAACACGGGUUUUAUACAUCGAAAGAUUUCUUGCCCGUGGUUUCAAAAGCCAGCAAAGCAGGCAUGUGUGGUUGUAAGUCAAAGUUGCCACAGUUAUCAGGAAAUGUUAUUGUACUGGGUGCCGGCGACACUGCAUUUGAUUGCUGUACCUCUGCGUUGAGAUGUGGUGCUAGACGAGUAUUUGUGGUCUUCCGUAAAGGAUUUACCAAUAUUCGAGCGGUUCCCGAGGAGAUGGAAGUUGCAAGAGAGGAGAAAUGCGAGUUUCUGCCAUUUAAAUCACCACUUAAGGUUCAUCUCAAAGAAGGUCGAAUUUGUGCCAUGGAGUUUUGUCAUACAGAGCAGCAAGAUGAUGGAACGUGGAUCGAGGACAAGGAACAGACAUUGAAAAUAAAGGCUAACUACAUCAUUUCGGCAUUUGGAUCAACGCUAUCUGCAAACGAAGUUGUUGACGCAAUGAAACCACUCAAGUUUAAUUCAUGGGGGUUACCUGAGGUGAACGACGAAACUAUGGGAUCAAGUGAAGCUGACGUGUUUUGUGGAGGGGAUAUAGCAGGUGUUGCUAACACAACAGUUGAAUCUGUAAACGAUGGCAAGACUGCAGCUUGGAGCAUGCACAAAUAUAUUCAGUCACUUCAUGGUGAAACAGUUCCACAAUCGCCAAUUCUUCCAAACUUUUUCACCCCCGUUGACUUAGUGGAUAUCAGCGUAGAAAUAUGCGGCCUAAAAUUUGACAAUCCCUUCGGCCUCGCUAGUGCCCCACCCACUACGUCAUCCGCCAUGAUGAGACGAGGCUAUGAAGCCGGUUGGGGGUUUACCGUGUCUAAAACUUUCGUACUGGAUAAGGAUAGUAUAGUGAAUGUUUCACCAAGGAUUGUACGAGGAACGACAUCUGGGCACAUGUUUGGUCCUGGACAAGGAUCCUUCCUCAACAUUGAAUUGAUUAGCGAGAAAACUUCUGAGUACUGGUGUAAAUCUAUCACAGAAUUGAAAAACGAUUUUCCCGACAAGAUCCUUAUCGCCAGUAUAAUGUGUGGUUAUUCAAAAGAAGACUGGGUGGAACUGGCUAGAAUGGCAGAGGCUGCGGGUUCAGAUGCGCUGGAGUUGAACCUUUCAUGUCCUCAUGGUAUGGGUGAAAAGGGCAUGGGUCUUGCUUGUGGACAGGAUCCCGAAAUGGUUCGGAACAUAUCGCGUUGGGUUAGAGAAGCUGUGAAGAUUCCAUUUUUUGCGAAAAUGACACCCAAUGUCACAGAUAUUGUUGAUAUUGCACUCGCUGCUAAGCAAGGGGGUGCUGAUGGAGUAACGGCCACAAACACAGUAUCAGGUUUAAUGGGUCUCGAUGGUAAAGGAGCACCAUGGCCAGGUAUAGGAAAAGAGAAGAAGACCACGUACGGAGGCGUGUCAGGCAACGCCAUACGCCCGAUUGCUUUGCGAGCCGUGUCGGCAAUUGCUCGCGCCCUUCCAGGGUUUCCGAUCUUGGCAACUGGUGGUAUUGACAGUGCUGAUGCUGCAUUACAGUUCAUACAUGCCGGUGCUUCUGUUGUACAGGUGUGCAGUGCUGUACAAAAUCAGGAUUUCACUCUUGUUAGCGAUUACAUCUCAGGCCUAAAAUGUCUGUUGUACAUGGAAUCUUGUAAAGAAUUUGACGGUUGGAACGGACAAAGCGCUCCUACUGAAAGACACCAAAAAGGAAAAGCCGUUCCUAAAAUCAACGAUCUGGUGGGAAAGGGUUUGCCAAGUUUCGGUCCAUACCUUAGUAAGCGAGAAGAAAUAAUUAGCAAAUACAAAGCAGAGACUGACUUACUCGCAACUGAACACUUACCUGAGAAAGUACGCCCGCCUGUGCAGGCUAUUAAACCCACGCCCACAGUCAGGGAUAUGAUAGGUCGCGCUUUGAAUAACAUUGGCAGUUAUGGUGAAUUGGAUAACAAACAACAAGCAGUUGCAAUGAUUGAUGAAGAAAUGUGUAUCAAUUGCGGGAAAUGUUUCAUGACGUGCAAUGAUUCUGGCUACCAGGCCAUCACGUUUGAUCCUCUGACUCAUCUACCUCACAUUACAUCUGAUUGUACUGGAUGUACUCUGUGCGUUAGCGUUUGUCCAAUAAUAGACUGCAUCACCAUGGUGCCAAGGACAACGCCAUACCAGCCAAAUCGUGGUAUUCCAAUGACGGUGAAAGCAGAGGCGUAAAAAACAUCGAACGGUUUCUAUAAAUAUAAUAUAGUAAAUAUAAUCUCUGUCAGAAUAAUGUUCAUAAUCAAAUUCUACUUUUACGUAAAGAUUUCCUAGCACAACUAGACUCUGUCUGGGGGGCAUCACAUGCCUUUUGUAACAAAGCUAUAUCAACUGUAUAACGAGUAAACGUGAGACUCCGUUCAUCUUUCAAAUGUUGAUGCGGGUUUAGGAGAGCGACAGCGGAGACGUGCGGCGACAAUCACACGCACCUACGCCACGCCACUGCGACUUAGGAGGACCUGGGGUAAAU